UUUUCAUUUGGCUGUAACAUAAUACCAGUAAUAGGGACAGAGCCUUGAUUUCAGGCGUAUUCGGCAGCUCACUGGGACGACUCUAUCAAAAGGAUGGGCGGCGCAGGAGAAAUGAAUGAAGGCGAAUGACUUUGCAAAAACUAGUUAACAUAUCAGCAGCAAUACAGAGAAGGUGCGCGUUCAGAAGGUGCGCAGGCUACAUAGCCUGGCGAUAAAUAGCGUCCUUAACUGUUUUGCGUGGAGAUGCAUUCGCCGUCAACAAGAGCAUCAUGAAGAAGGUGACAUACGGCGUUAAUCUUUAUGUCGAGUUUACAUUCCUACACUGUCCAAGAUGACACAAUGACAUGGCGUUCACAGCAAUGGUUGCGAGAUUUGUAGUCGCAUAAGCUCAUUUCAAAGAAUCACAUCAUCGCCGACCGCAUUGUGGAGGGCUGGCCUAUUUUUACGGCAGGGCGCGGGUGAAAAAUACAGUAGGCCUAGUAGUAGCAGGCUAAUUGAAGCUGACCAGUUAAGCCCCUCGGAAUACCGUGGCGAUUUUUUUUUAAUGUAUUGCCCAUUUAACGCAAACGAAAUGAUGAAUUCGAUUGCUCUUGCUGAGGGCUCGCAAUCUCCGGGUGCCGCUGGGGUCCCCGUUGGAACGCCAGCGUCCGGUACUAGUGCUAGGGUGUCUAGUGCUCUACGGAACGAUUUGGGUUCCAAUAUUCAUGCCUUGAAAACACUUAACCUGCGAUUUCGAUGUUUCCUAGCUAAAGUUCAUGAAUUGGAGCGUAGAAACACGUUGUUAGAAAAUCAACUACAGCAAGCAUUAGAGCAAUCCCGCUACAGAGCCUACUUUAGCCGUGAACAAACAACCCAAACGAGCUCUUUGGACCUGUCUCUGGCUGGGUACCAGCCACGGGUAAGCCCACCAGGUACGAUAUGGAACUUUACCCACACGAGGUUUGGGGACCGACUCGAGACUAGGCUCCACAGCCCCGGGGUGUCAUGGAUGCAGGCGGAUGGUGUUGAUGUUGGAGUUCAAGUCGAUACCGUCACCCCUGAACUGCGAGCCCUGUACAAUGUGUUGGCUAAAAUCAAGAGAGAUAGAGACGAAUACAGAAAAAAAUGGGAGGAGGAGCUGUCUAAGCGCCAGCAGAUGGAGGCCAUGGUGGAGACACUUCAGGAGAGUGCCCAGGAGUCUGAGGUGGUUCAGGGGGAGCUCACUGACAAGGUGGAGAGUCUCAAGACAGAGCUGGGGGUCUUCAAGAGCCUCAUGACCGAUAAUAAACACCCAACCAACUUUAAAUUGUGCGGACUGGUUGAACUUGCUGAAAUGUCAGAAUUGGACACCGCGAUCCAGGAGAAGGCCAUGAAGGUGGACAUGGAUAUCUGCAGACGCAUUGACAUCACGGCCAAACUAUGUGAUGUGGCCCAUCAACGCAACUCCGAAGACAUGAGCAAGAUGUUCAACAUGAGUCCCCACAUGAGCCCCUCCAGAGCAACCCCAGAGAGCAAGGGGGCUGGUGCUGCGUCGUGCAGGAAGAAAGAGCGUAAGGCUGUGUGUGAGGAGAGAAGUCCUGAGAUGGAAGCUGAGUCUGGUGGGGGAGAGGAGGAUGAAGCGGAGCACGUCGUGGGGUCACUCAACAUCACAGACGAGAUGAAACGCAUGCUCAACCAGUUGAGGGAGACGUUUGACUUUGAUGACGACUGUGACAGCCUGGCUUGGGAGGAGAAUGGGGAGACACUGCUCCUCUGGGAGGACUUCGCCAACUACAACACCCCCUGUGCUGCAGCCAGCACUACUGCAGGUGCCUGUGCUGCAGCAGAAGGACAAGGGGAAGGCCCUGGGCAGGCCUCUCAAGAUGGCAGUCUGGGCAGCCUGAUCGACGAGACUGAGAUGCUUUUCCAGAACCGAGAGAAGGAGUACCAGGAGACCAUGGGGCAAAUAGAGUAUGAGUUGGCUACAGCUAAGAGUGAUAUGAACCGUCACCUACAGGAGUACAUGGAGAUGUGUUCUAUGAAGAGAGGCCUGGAUGUGCAGAUGGAGACCUGCAGAAGACUCAUUAAGGGUUCAGGGGGCAACGGCAGGAAGUCUCCAUCAUUCAGCUCGGUGGCGAGCAGCGACUCAGGGAACAGUGAUGAGAUCCAGGAGGAGCUGGAGAAGGACGGAGAGGCAGUAGGAGGGGUCAGCUGAUAACUGAACCCUGACCCUUGACCCUCUGGCCCCUCCCUCCACCACCUGAUCCUGCAGAGAUGAUGGAGGAAAUGCUGUGAUCCUCCUCUCCUUCAGCAGGUUUCCAAUUGAUCUAGGAGGAGUCCUGUGGACUCAAUGUAAACUAUUGGUGCUUCACCGUUUAUUACCCAUACAGGGAUGAACUUAUAUUCCUCAACAAGGUGCAGUGUUGGUUCUUCCUCACUGCUUCUCACUGUCCUAUCAUUGACUAAAGUACUCACCCCCACUCAACACAUAUCUCCACACACACUCAACUUACUGUACACCUAUGGUCAUUUAACUGUGUAUUCACCCCAGUAUUCAUCCUAAUCAUGUUAAGAUACAGAAAUCCGGACAUAUUCAGCCAUUAGGGGGUCUAUCAAAGUGGUCCAUAUGAUAUAUUUCAGAGUAAGUGUUGGCAGGGAAAUUGCAUUUGAUGUACUAAAGAGGUCAGUCUUCACACACUGAAGUCAGUUUCGGAUGCACUCUGAGAUUGCCUGCCCGGAGUGCCUUUGCAGGUACUGUAAAGUCAGUAAAUGUGUCCCAGUUCCCCCAUAUCUGGACACAGCCAUCACAUGAGGGGUAAAACUGAGUUGAAGUACUGUACUAUGCAAUAAGCAAGCCUUAUUUUUCUGGAAUAACCUUCAUUACUUUGCUGGCCAGUUAUGAUUUGUCUAUUAAUCUGACAGCCUAGAGGACUUGGGGCCAGAUAUAUGAAGCAUUUGCAUUAAUGCAAAUGUGCACCUAUCAUUUUCAGAAGGCAAUCAAAAGAAAACAGACCUAAAUACAAAGCUAAAAGCUAAACCACAACACUGUCUUAAUUUACUUUCCUGUUUAUUCUCUUGUUCUUUCUCUUAAUGUCUCUCUAAAACGAACAGGUGAAACCAUUGUACCAGUUCCAACUGUACAUCUGGCCUCAACAUGGUGUCACUCAGUAUUUUCAGAGGGUAAAUAUGAACAAACAUGGUCAUUUAAAUGAUACCCAUGUGCCUACUGAUACACGAGCCUGGUCCCCGAUCCGUUUGUGCUCUUUAGCCAACUCCAAUGGUUGGUUUGGCAUGAUAACAACCAUAGGAGUUGGCAGAACAGCUCAAACAGAUCUGGGACCAGGCUACUGAUAUGUAUGCUGGACUCAGAAUUAAUAUGAAUUGCCUUAUUAGGUUUGUUCUAUUUUUGUUAAAUGCUACUUUAGCAUGAACAUUUAUAAUUUAUGAUACACACAGCCUGUUAUGGAUGUUUGUUUAGAUUUCAUUGUUUGUAUGCUCUCCAAAAAAAAUGUAAAAGAGCAAUUUUGAAUCAUAAAGGAUAAUCCCAUUUUAAUUGUUGAUGAUUUUUGACAUUCGUAAUUGAAUAUAUAUGUUAGUUUAUUUUGGAACAAUCAUGGCUGAUAGGGAUUUGCUGGCUGCAAGUGUCGUAUUUGUAUUUUAUGUGCAAAAUGCAGCUGAAUUCUGAUGCUUGCAAAUGUACUGUAUGACUGAACCAUAUAUUGAAUACAAUUUGAUUCAAUAAAAAGAUUGCUCUUUAUUUUAACAUGUUCUGUCU